AUGGCAGACGAACCAACCACCAUCGCCCAGCUGGCAACCGCCUCAAAGCAACCCACCACCCUUGAUACAUUCCACGCCCGUCUCACAAAGGAACUCUACAACCUCAAACCAGACCCCCUCACCGGGCGACUCAUAGACUCCCACCCCGGGACGCGCACGAAACCGAUGCGUGUCCUCUGCCUAGGAAUGUCUCGCACGGGGACAAUGUCCCUCUUCACGGCCCUUCAAAAGCUGGGGUACGCACCCUACCACAUGGCCGUCGCCAUGGGCAGUCCCAGAACGAACCUGGAUUGCUGGUCCGAAGGACUCAACGCGAAGUUCAAUGGGAGGGGGAAGAAAUGGGGAAAGGAAGAAUUCGACAAACUCCUGGGAAACUACGACGCAGUGGCCGACGUACCUUGUAUUGCCUUUGUGGAGGAGCUGGUAGCUGCGUAUCCCGACGCAAAGGUCGUGCUCAGUACGAGGGAUGUGGACGGUUGGGUGAAGAGCAUGCAGAGCACCGCAGGCAAAAUCUUGGCCUGGAACUGGGAGUGGCUGGCACCGUGGGAUCCAAGUCUGGUACGGCCAUUCUGGGAUCACGCGAAAGUUGUCAUGCCUGCUGCUUUUCGCGUACCGGGCCAGUCGCCUGACUUCGUAUCGCCCGACAGCCAGGCGCGGCAGGCGUUCGCAGACCAUUACGACCUGGUCAGGCGAGUGGUGCCGAAAGAGAGGCUGCUGGAGUAUAGAGUGCAGGAGGGUUGGCAGCCCCUUUGCGACUUCCUGGACGCGGAGGUCCCGGGUGAAGAGUACCCGCGAGUAAACGAUGCCAGUCAGUUCAUCGUCGCCCACCACAUCAUGUGGACGCUGGCCUUUGGGAAGAUGGUCGGCAAGAUAGCACUUAUGGGUGUUUUGCCGCUGGCUGGUGUGGCGGCCGCGGCUUGGUGGCAGUGGAGGAGAUAA